AACUUCACUGCUAGGCUGCUUGGAAAGAAGAUAUAUACAAUUUCAUAGUGCUCUGUACGCGGGUAACAUUUGGUAAAAUCUGAAACUUUGAUCGGUGUUCUUGCGUUUGAUACAGAAAAGGUUGAACAACAGUUGACAGUGUUGGGUCUGAUGGAUCGUCCUCCAACAAAUGCUUCUACUACCAUCGCUUCUCUGAGACCACAAUGGGAUCAGAGAAUAGAGGUGUUGAAAUCUAGAGAGAGAGAACUCACGAGUCUGUCUCAGCCUGCACCUAAGGAAAAAUCCAACAAAUUGAAGGAAGUACUGGAAGCAUCAAAGCUGAUGGCAACUGAACUGAUUUGGGCUAUUCAAAUAAGAGACGUGUCUGAUUUCCUUACAGUGUUAGAGAAACUAGGUUUGGAGGACGGAGUUCGUGUAUCAGACAUUGUGGAGACAGUCACGCGUGGAGGAAAUACUGUUCUUCACGUGGCAGCUCAAAAUGGAAGCCCAGAGAUUUUGCGUUUAAUGGCUAAGCACUUCCCUCAACUGAUCACAAGGACAAACAUCACAGGAGAUACGGUUCUCCAUGUUGCAGCCAGAUCAACUCAGUCCAUUCACUUAAUCGAUAUAGUUCAGCCCUGUUAUGCAGAUCAAAGGCGUUCUUCUGGAAGCCAAAUUGAUUGUGAAACAGAGACAAGUCUGUGGAGAAUUAGGAAUGACCACGGAAACACAGCACUGCAUGAAGCUGUGAUGAUGAGUAAUUUUGACGCGGCUUAUCUCUUGUUUAAGGCAGAUAAAGAUGUGGCAAACCAUUUGAAUAAAGAAGGUAAAUCACCAUUGUACCUGGCUGUUGAGAUCGGAGACAAUCGAAUUAUUGGUCUUUUGCUAAAAGCACCAUUACAUAAUCGAGAGAGGCACCGAGGAAACUCCCCACUUCAUGCUGCUAUAAUGGCAGUGAGUUCAGGUCAAAUAAGCAAACAUAAAUUUCAAUCCUUGGUCGUGGCUGGGGUCAUCAAAAGCAAGGAAACAGAACGCAUGUUUGAACCAACAAGUGAAAAAUUUCGUGGUGGUAUGCUGAGGAAAAUACAGAAAGAAAUACCAGAAAUAAUAUACUUGAAAGACCAAAAGGGAUGGACACCCCUACAUUUUGCCGCAUCCAUUGGAAAUCAUGAAGUUGUACAUAUAAUUAGAAAAGCAUGUCCUUUAAGUUCAUUAGAAUGGGACCUAAAAGGCCAUCUUCCUAUCCAUAUUGCUUGCAAAAAGGGGCAUGUUCAUGUGGUCAAAGAAUUUGUUCAGCAUCCAGGACCAUGGUCUGAUCCUAUGGAUUUGGUUAAUCAAAAAGGUCAAAAUAUCCUUCAUAUAGCAGCAAAGAGUGGAAAAGAUACUGUGGUAAAGUAUAUAUUGAGCACAGGGAAGCUUGAUAACCUAUUAAACCAGAGAGAUAAGAAUGGGAAUACUCCAUUACAUUUGGCUUCCAAAUACUUGCACCCAAAGGUAUUGCUUUUGCUGACACAAGUGAAGAGACUGAACAUCAGCCUCGCAAAUAAUGAAGGAUUGACAGCCCGUGAUAUUGUUUUGCUCAGACAAAAAACACCACCAACCUUUCGAGAGUUUAUAUCAUUCGCCAUCUUGAAAUCUAUUGAUGCACCAUUAAGUGAAAAGGUAAGAAGAAUUAGGCGUUCACACACUGAACCACCUCAGAUUAAAUGGAUUAAAGAUCGUGUCAAUGCUAUCUUACUAGUAGCAAUAUUGGUUGCCACUGUAACCUUUGCUGCUGGUUUUGCUGUGCCUGGUGGUAUAAAUAGCUCUGAUGAUAAAGACACAAACAAAAUAGGCAUGGCCACUUUACUUGACAGAAAAAUGUUCCAGCUGUUCACAAUUUGUGAUGUGAUAGCUAUGUAUAGCUCUACCAUGGGGUCUUUCAUUCUCCUAGGAGCUCAGCUAGGCGACUUCCAUAUUGGAUUUAGUGUUGCAAACUUUGCUUUAUAUCUGGUGGUUCUAUCUUUAAUUACAAUGUCAGUUGCAUUUAUGGCUGCAGUACAUCUAGUAGUAAGUGACGUUUCUUGGUUGGCUGACACUGUGGCGAUUAUUGGAAUCAUCUUCCUUCUGAUGUUUCUGGGUGUAUUUAUUCUUCUGAUAUUCCCUUUAGGAGAACGAGCUCUUUUCUUUCAUCACAUCUCUGACAUUAUUUUUAAGGUGAUCAUCUCGUUUUCAGAAAGUUAUGGGAAGUUAACAGAGAAUGAUAAGGUUAUUAAGAAGAUGAAAUCACUGGAAGAAAAAGAAAAGGACAAAGAUGAAUAGGAACCUCCAAUAGAGAAGGACAAAGAUGCUUGCAAGCAAGAUUAGCUGCUUCUCAAUUAAAGCUUAACAGCCAAAAUGAGGGAAGGAUUGAACAAGUUUGGUCCUUACAUCAUGUCAAGGUCUAUUUGCUAUUUUAUCUUCUUGUUUGGUCAAAACUAAUUUUGGAAGGCCAAUGUAAUAUUAACUAUCUGCCACUUCACUAGUUAAUUUGAUAGUGUUUUUGAA